AAGGACACUUAACGUUACAGAAAUAAGCUAUAUGUUAUAAGCGAUCAGCUGGCUUAUAUCACAUGAGAUAUCACAUAAAAGUCACAAGGUAUAGAUAUUUCCACGCGGCAUUUUCAUUUUAAAGCAAUCACUAUCAUCAUAUAUUUUGAUAUCUUAUAGACCAAAUAAAGAUCUAUACCAAAUAGUACAACUACAAGAACGCCAAACAAAAGUAGUUAAAUUUGGCGAUCAAAGAAGAAAGUGAAUAAUUAAUAAAAAUGGGGAAUACGUUCUGUUUAUUCUGUGGAUGCGUUGAACAAUCAAGCGUCGGUAUUGUUGAACAGUGGGGUCGUUUUCAUCGAGUUGCUCAACCUGGUUUUCAAUUCUUUAACCCUUUCGUCGGUGAAUGUCUUGCUGGUAUUCUCUCCACCCGUAUCUCUUCCCUCGACGUCAAAAUCGAAACCAAAACCAAGGACAACGUGUUUGUGCAGUUGAUAUGUUCGAUUCAAUACCGUGUGGUUAAGGAAAAUGCUGAUGAUGCUUUUUACGAGUUGCAAAAUCCACAGGAACAGAUCCAGGCUUAUGUUUUCGAUGUGGCUCGUGCUAUUGUUCCGAGGAUGAAUUUGGAUGAGCUGUUUGAGCAAAAAGGUGAGGUUGCCAAAGGAGUCAUGGAAGAGCUCGGAAAGGUGAUGGGAGAAUAUGGAUAUAGCAUAGAACACAUACUGAUGGUUGACAUUAUACCCGAUCCUUCUGUACGCAGAGCAAUGAAUGAGAUCAAUGCAGCUCAAAGGCUUCUACUUGCCAGUGAAUUCAAAGGAGAAGCUGACAAGGUGCUUAUAGUCAAAAAGGCAGAAGCAGAAGCCGAAUCAAAGUAUUUAGGCGGAGUUGGUGUGGCAAGACAGAGACAAGCUAUCACGGAUGGGUUGAGAGAGAAUAUCUUGCAUUUCUCUAACAAGGUAGAAGGAACUUCAGCAAAAGAAGUGAUGGAUCUUAUCAUGAUUACUCAGUACUUUGACACAAUCAGAGACCUUGGAAACUCUUCAAAGAAUACCACAGUUUUUAUACCACAUGGACCUGGCCAUGUUAGGGAUAUCAGUAGUCAAAUACGCGAUGGAAUGAUGGCAGCAUCGUGUGCUCAAGUUACUGAUGUUGAGUGAUUUUGUAUAAUUACUUUUUAUCAAAAUCCCCCCGCUCUCUCACUCACACAAUAAAUUACUAUAUGGAUAUGUCAUUUGUUUCUGUUGGAUUUUAUGGAAGUAUACAGUCUUUGAAAAGUUUUAAGUUAUAAUUUUUUUUGAAUAAGUUUUAAGUUGUAAUUAAGAUUUUUGAGUUCUACGAUAUAAUCUCCGUAGCCCUGCUAUACAUUUGUUGACACUGUAAUGUUAUAUGACAAUUCAAAAGAUGAUAUGCAAUAUACAUUUAUAGGAA